AUGCCCCGCCAUCCACGAUUAAAUUGGACAAAGGAGAAGACUCGAAAGGAGGAGCGUACAGGAACCGAAGAACGGGCGUCUACCACCGCGGAAAUCCCUGGCCCGUCCUUGUCGAUCUCAGGUCCUACUUCCACGCCAAUGCCUCUACCAUCUUCUGCGUCCGCUCCAUCCUCCUUCUCGUCUUCAUCCCUCAGCAUCCCUUCUAUCAUACUUCUACCACUACCAUUCCCGCCACAAGAGCGGCAGCAACAGCAGCAGCAGCAGACCCAAGGAACGCGAACAACUGUAGAGAGCUCUGUUGUCGAAGAGCCAAGUGAUGAAGAUGAAAAGGAGGAGAAUGAAUUCGAAAUUGAUGUGCGAGGUCGACGAAAAACGGUGGCACAGUUUACGGCUGAGAGUCUUGGCGGUGAGGGUGACGAUGGCGAGGAUAAGAUCCUGAACAUCAAUGUGUUUUUGGAAGGCAGGUUUGGGUUUGAGUAUGGGGACUGGCGUGGGCGUGGGCGUGGGCGCGGGUUGGGAUGUGAGCAGGAUUCUUCUGGAAAGAAGAAUUCACGGACAGAGUCAGCGGCACCGGAAGCAAGGAUGGCCGCUUCGGCUGCUGCAAACCCAGAGGCAGCAGCAGCAACAAUAGCCUCCGAAGCAGAUCAUGGAGCAACAUUGGAUGUUUUUGACAACACAGCCUCGACGGCAGACUCGGUAGAAGGACCCGCUUCAGUAGCAGCAACAGCCAACUCAAGCUCGGACGUGGAUGAGAUGCCGAGGUUUACAAGUCUUGCGGAAUUUACUCGCUGGAUGACGGCAACAUCGAAUGUAUGCUCUGUUCGAGGGCGUCGGUUGUCGUCGACCUGGUCUUCAGAAGCCGCGGGGCAGCGUACGCAGGCGCGGUCGAGGGAAGCGAUUGUGGGGAUGGCGAAGACGCUGAAUUCGUAUGGUAAUCGGAACCACCACCACGGUUACCACGGUUACCACGGCGGUCGUAGUGGGGUUUUUGUGGUUGGGAGGGGAGGGGAGCAGGAGCGAGAGCAGAUUACGGCAGUAGAUCUGGAGAGGAUGGUAGUGGACAGUGAUGAAAGGAGCUGUUUGAGGCUCUCUGGGAAUGUAUACCCGGAGGACGUUGCCGUCGAGAAGAAAGUAGAAGAGCAAGACGAAAGACUGAUGAGGAGAAGACGGAGUAGAGAGGAUGAUACUCUGGCAAGGAAGAGGAAGCGACAGGAACCGGGGGCUCCUGAGUGGAGACCUAAGCGAAGAGAGUCAGUGGAACGCAGGAUGCCAGGCGCACUGCCGACUCCGGUUGUCUUUGUGGCCAGGACGGGUUCCUCGGCGGUGCCUCUUCAGUUUCCGUUUCAUCCUGAAGUCCGGGUCAACGGCGCAACCACACUCUCACCAACCACCGCCUCUAUUUCAGUCCAGGUCGGCGAUGCGACUCCAUCUCCGCCCGGACAACCUUCCGCUCUUUCUCCAACACAAGACGAUCCUCCAACCCCACCUGAAUCGCUAAUCGCCAGCCCAACAAAUCCAGCAAAUGCUCAGCUGCCUCGACCGAGUCUCAGCUGCCCUGUACGCUAUGCUCUGAUUCGCAAAGGUCCCGAAUCCUUUGCCGAGGGUCUGAAAGACACGGUGCAGGAACGACAAAGGACACCACUCGAACAAUGGGUCGAAAUCGCUGCGCCUGUUCAAGCGAUCAUGCUCAAGAUCUACAGGUUCGUCGCUCGGAUCAUGCGCCAAGGAUUUGACUGGUCGAUCCUUGGAUGGUGUAUCCAGCAAUACCUGCGCCGAUUUGAUUAUGGCUACGACGAGAUCCUGACGGUCGUGCCCUACCCGGGCGAUGGACUCGGGCUUGAAGACGCGGACACGCCAGCAUGUCGUGUUGAGGUCUACGGGAAGCGAUCGCAAAGGAUGUGGGCGAGGUUUGCAAGGUGGCGGAAGCAGCAUCGGAAAUGGUGUGCGAAGCAGGAGAGGAAACGGGCAAGGGGACUGAGGGAACGGAACUGGGUGGGGAGGAUGAGACAGAGGGUUUGGGGAUGGAAAGUGUGGGGCGUGAUGAAGGCCUUGGCAAGGGCUUCACCCGUCGUGGAAGAACUGUUGAGGAUGGUUCAGGCGCCGGAGGAGACGGUUGAGGAGCGGGACUGGAGGUUGUUUGUGGAAUGUGGACAGCGAGAGGUGUUUAGGGCAGAUGAGGAGAUGGCGGGUGAUGAUGAGGAGGAGCAGGAGGUGGAGGAAGACGAGGAGGAGAAAAUGAGGAGGAGAGAUGAUGGAGGGACGGUGGGGGCUGUGAAGACGAGGGAAAAGGACGAGGGGAUGUAUCACCUAAUGCAGCUGAGGAGGAGCGGGCGCGUGGAGAUGUGUAGCUGUGGAGGCCAUAAUGGAAGGCAGCAAGGGCGUGCGCGCAGCAUUGAGUCCAGGGUGCGUGAGGAGGGACGCGUCCGCGGCGGAAGGGUUACGGCAUCGACGGCGAGGAAUUCGAUCGCGCAGUUCAUCGGGAAGACGACGGCGCGUCAACGGGCGCAGCAGCGGGCGCGCAACCAGAGGAGAUAA